AUGGAUAGCCGUUUAGGAGUUGGCAGCUCUUGUGCUGAAGGCUUGGCCAUUGACGGCUCCUCCAGUCGACAAGGACCAGUCCAUCCUCAUGUCGAACAGGACGAAAUUACCUUUGACACGAGCAGUGGAGGUAGCGGCGACUCCUCAGACGUUUCCAUGUCAGAUUCCGACUCGGAUGCAGCCGACAGCCACGACCACGUGCGAUCUGCGACCCUCACCCGCGAUACCGGGCUGACUUCGCCGUCGGCUCCCCUGGCACCCGGAGUGACUGCGUCUGCGAGCUUUCAACCUGGGUUAAAAAAGCGGAAAUCCCCACUGCCUAUGGGUGCGGCAUCUUUCACAGCUGAGCCCGUGAAGAAGGAAAUCGACUUGCUGCUCUCUUCCUCUGUGCCCUCCUUAUUGAUGCCCGCUCUGCCAUUCGUACUUGUCACGGAUAGCACGCACGUCAUACCAUCGGCCAUGCUGCAGGAUGGACAAGCAACGCAUGUGCUCCAGCUUACCAAGAUCUUCCUUUCCGAGCAUAUCGAGAAGCUGAGACGGGAGUUUCUUUCGGUCAAGGCCAUGGGUACAGCCACCACUGAGGAAUGGCUCAAAGGUCUUGAGGACCGAGGGAAGGAGCAGCAAAGCGACUCAGUGCGGUGGGAGAAGUGGGAAUCAUCUGGCGGUACUAGGCAGAUGCGGAACCUGUCAUCCCCGGGUGGGCCGUCCAGCACCUCAACAGGCUUCGGGUCAAUGCCAUCGGACUCGUCCGUGUCGAUCGGGAGCCUACAAACAACCGUUGUUGGUACGGAGCCCCGUCAGCAUGUACCUGGUUUGGCCAAAUCCAAUGCUAUUUUGUCAGCCCCUCGUAAUAUGACAAUCUCCUCAGCAUAUCCACCUAGAGAGGAGCCCAUGUCUCUGCCGCAUUCUUCCCUCCAGGCUGUCCCACAACCCAACCCACCACGCAACAGGACGCGUGAAGAGGUCCUAGAGCUCAAGGCAGCUCGCCGCGUUGAGAUAGAACGCAGAGCCAUGGGGCUUGUACCACCGUUGCAAGCGAAUGUCCUAGCUCGUAUUCCCUCAUUCCAUGCAGCACUCCAGAUCCCCUUUCCCCUUGACGACAACGCUUGGGACUUGCUAAAACCUCGCUUGUUAGCCCAGAGGGCAGAUGCUGAGCAGCGGGAACAACAAGAUGAAGAAGUUGCUGCUCUUUCCCGCAUUGCUCAACAACGAGUCGAGGAACGCCGCAAUGCCAAGGGGACCAGCCUAGAAACUAAGCAACUCAUCGACAAGGGUUGGGACGAUAUUCAAGUCCCUCUUCGCGCGCAGAUUUCUGCAUACGCCGACGAGAUUAUUCGCGACGGAUGGCGUGACGGGCGCAAAGUCAACAAAAGUAGUGCCGUGCAGUUCGCCGCAGAGGUUCUCCUCUACGUCCGAAAGAGAUUCUACGCAGAGAUUGCCAAAGAUGUUGCUUCUCUUCUUGCUGCUGGCCAAGAACCAGUCUUCGAUGCACCUGAAGGACCUUUCACGCGCAUACUGACGCUCGAGAAUAUGAAGUGGCUUUUCGACGUCAAGGUCAAACCAAUCACGGACCCAUACCGUAAGGAGCUCUUCUAUUGCAAUGGCUGCGAAGGCAACAUGAAGAUGUACGGGUUCGAGGGGGUCGUACAACACUACGCGGCCAAACAUACGAGCACUCUCAGCCUUGGUAGCGUGGUGGUCCAUUGGCGAGCGGAAUGGCCCGAGAUCCCCCCUUUCCAUCCUGAUCCGCGCAGCCUGAAGAACUCAAAUAUCUCCCAAUUCGAGCAUUUUCACAAGACUUCGACCCCUCAAAACGGCGCAGUCCUCCAUCAACCAAGCCAUGCAGCCUUCCCGCCGAGCACAGAACCGGGAUCAUACCACCCAAGUUAUUACAACCCGCCUCCGCCAGGUUUUGGACCGCCUGGGUACGGUGAUCCGUACGCACCCUCCCCGAGCCAAGCUGCGUAUGGACCAAGUGCCCCCUACGCACCUGUGCAGCAUGCCUAUGGUCAGCCGUGCCCUCCACAGCAAGGCAGCGGCUACUCAGGAGUACCUGCACCCUAUGCUGGCACAUUUGCUACGGGACAACCCUCGUAUAAUCCUACAAGAGGCAAUCACUACGCCCAUAGCUAUAACACACACGCUGUCCCUUUUGCAGACAAGUACCGCACACAGCUUGAAGACGUAGCACGAAAUUCAAGGGAAUUAUGGACAGCUACUGCCAACUUGAAAGAGCUUCCAGGAAACAUCAGGGUGUCCGUGGUCAUCCACCAUGUCGUUGGCAAAUUUCGGUCACGAUUCUCGGAGAACCCACCCCUGAAUCUGUUCAUUGACGGACUCUCAAACAAUAAGGAGAUGCGUCCAGUCCGCAACGUCAACGGUCUGAUGUGUAAGGCUUGCAGCCUUGGUCUAGAUAACGCGAUGCUCACGGAUCAGGACCGAAAGACAUUCUCCCUCCCACAGUUGGUCAAUCAUUUCAAUCAACGACAUGUCCAGCAAUUGCUGUCGUACGCCCCAACGCUUGAUUGGACAGUCGACAUGAUCUACCUGCCGGAUCUCUCCGCCCUGUCCAACCUCCGAAACCUAACAAACAUGGACAGCCAGAGGUUUGCCCUGGUCUCCGAUGCGUUCCCGCCUGCAAAAUAUCCAGGCGGCUACUCACUGACAGUCUCUGCCGCGCCUCAAGUUCCCUCAGGUAAUUACCUCGCGUAUCAUAAUCUUUCUGCAAAUGUGCAGGAUUCGCUCAUCAAUCAACCCCCAGAGCCCCCAUCGCAUCAAGCAGCACCCUCACAUUCCCGCCCCCAGCAUAUAUCGUCACAGCAGCUCGCAAGCGGGUAUGAUCCAAAAGCACCGAGCAUGCAGCUGGACUUCAGUCGGAAAGCCUGCUUGGCUCAUGAAAAUAUCGAGGCUCUUCAAACGAGCGCCAACCACAAGACUCCUUCGACAACUUCACAUCCUGGCGGCUCAGGGCGGACGUCCCCAGAUACACGGCAAUCAUCUCACGGGGCAAAGUCGCGCAACCGUAAAGGAGGAGCAAGGGAUAGCAAAAUCACGUCGGCUCAGGGCUCUAAACAUCGCAAUGGUAAUGGGAACAUGGCGACGACUGGGCCCGAAAUACGGGAACCUAGCGAAGAGGACACGGGUGCUGAAGAAGAGGCUCGCCGUCAGGAAGAUGAAAUUCGUGCCAUGUGGGCUGCCGAUCGUAGAGAGACUGCCCGACUUGUGUCCACGAAUCAAGUUCCGAAACGUGGAACCGAACCAAUGCCCCAUGUCGCCGCCACCGCGAAACACGACCUCCAAAGGAGCCCUGAACUAGAGGCAAUCGAAAGGCCUCAGUCUCAAGCGCAAGUACACCGAGACAAUGACCAGCAACAGCCGUUCUUCAUACAGGAACGUGACAAUGAUGAUUUGAUGGCUGGUCUGGAAUCCCACUUGGAUCGACAAGCCUCAGACUACCGACCGGGACCUGUGGGUGGCACGGUUUCCGAGAGGGUCCCUUUCUACACACAGCCGAGUAGUCCCAGGCGGCAGGAGUACACAAAUGAGCAAACGCGCUCGCAAUCUCCAAUCUAUAUACGUUACGAGUCUGGACCUCAUCUUGAAGCGUAUCGAGAGCGCAGCGCCGGGAUUCGUGGGUCCACGCACGGAUCUGGUGCAGCUCCCGUCGCCGUGGAUGGUGUGUACGAAAACCCUCCCCAUCGGCAAUAUCAGCCACGGCCCUACCACGGCCGUCAAGCCUCUACCCAAUACAUCGAAGCGUACGAGCUUGUCCCGGUACGAGAUUCGCAGGGCGAGUAUUACAUUCGCCGGCCGAUCCGGCGUGCGCAAGAGCCCGCAUAUGUUGCGUAUGAGGACGAACUGCCAAUCCAUCGUGACCAGUUCAUACCUUACGAGGAAGAAGCGUACUACAGGCGCCAGCCGGUGUACGGUGACUCGGCAUUGAGAUCUGAACCUCCCAUGCGGCAGCCGGUCUACGACGACGCCAGCAGACUGGCUGGUACAGUCGGGCAACAAGGCUACGAGACAUUCUCAAGGAACGAUCCCGCCUCUUAUGAAGAAUGCGACCCUCGAUUCCCAGCCGCACCGGCGAGCUCUGACAUUGACCGCCAGGUCCGCUAUUAG